AUGACAGGUUGUUGUGUUCCUGGUUGCGAUAGAAACGUGAUGACAGGCUGUUGUGUUCCUGGUUGCGAUUGUGAUGUGAUGACAGGUUGUUGUGUUUCUGGUUGCUAUAGUGACGUGAUGACAGCUUGUUGUGUUUCUGGUUGCGGUAGUGACGUGAUGAAAGGUUUUUGUGUUCCUGGAUGCGAUAGUGACGUGAUAACAGGUUGUUGUGAUCCUGGUUGCGGUAGUGACGUGAUGACUAUUUCUUGUGUUCCUGGUUGCGAUAGAAACGUGAUAAAAUGUUGUUGUGUUCCUGGUUCCGGUAGUGACGUGAUGAAAGGUUGUUGUGUUCCUGAUUGCGAUAGUAACGUGAUGACAGGUUGUUGUGUUCCUGGUUGCGAUAGUUACGUGAUUACAGGUUGUUGUGUUCCUGGUUCCGAUAGUGACGUGUUGAUAGGUUUUUGUGUUCCUGGUUGCGACAGUGACGUGUUGAUAGAUUGUUGUGUUCCUGGCUCCGUAGUGACGUGUUGA